UGUGUGUUUCAGCUCGGGAAUGACUGGCUGGGUGUAAAAAUGCUGCUUUGGAUUCUCUUGCUGGAGACGUCUCUUUGUUUGGCUGCCGGGAAUGUUACGGGGGACGUUUGCAAAGAGAAGAUCUGCUCGUGCCCCGAGAUCGAAGGCGACUUGCACGUCGAUUGCGAGAAGAAGGGCUUCACCAGCCUGCAACGUUUCUCGGCCCCCACUUCCCAGUUCUACCAUUUGUUCCUGCACGGCAAUUCCCUCACGCGCCUUUUCCCCAAUGAGUUCGCUAACUUUUACAAUGCGGUCAGCUUACACAUGGAAAACAACGGCUUGCACGAAAUUGUGCCGGGAGCUUUCCUGGGGCUGCAGCUGGUGAAGAGGCUGCACAUCAACAACAACAAGCUGAAAUCUUUUCGCAAGCAGACUUUCCUGGGGCUGGAUGAUCUGGAAUAUCUCCAGGCUGAUUUUAAUUUAUUGAGGGAUAUUGACCAAGGGGCCUUCCGGGACUUAAACAAGUUGGAGGUGCUGAUUUUAAAUGACAAUCUGAUCAGCAUCUUACCUGCUAACGUGUUCCAGUAUGUGCCAAUUACCCAUUUGGAUCUACGAGGUAACCGCCUGAAAACCUUGCCUUAUGAAGAUGUUUUGGAACAGAUCCCGGGCAUUGCUGAGAUCCUGCUGGAGGACAACCCAUGGGACUGUACCUGUGAUCUACUCUCCUUGAAAGAAUGGCUGGAGAACAUCCCCAAGAAUGCUUUGAUCGGCCGGGUGAUUUGUGAAGCUCCCACCCGUUUGCAAGGGAAGGAUUUAAAUGAGACAACUGAACAGGAGUUGUGCAGGAAAACCCGUGUGGACUCCAGCUUGGCAGCUCCCCCUGCAGAAGAGGAGACUUGUGAUCCUGGCCCUAUUCCCACUCCUUUUAAGAUCCAUGGCAAGGAAGAUUCUGCUACAGCAGGUUCUGCCCCUCAUGGGGGUACCAAGAUCCCAGUCAAUUGGCAGAUCAAGUCCAGACCUACAGUCGCUAGCUCAAUCCACACCAUGAAAGGCAAGUCUUCCAGCAACACACCCUGCCCUGCCACGUGCACUUGCCACCAGAUUCCUGGAGGCUUCAAGGUAAACUGCAAUGAUGGCAACAUCAGCAGCCUGGUGGACCUGAAGCCUAAGCCAUCCAAUGUCCAUGAACUCUUCCUAAGGGGCAACAAGAUUCACACCAUUCGCAAAUCCCAUUUUGUGGAUUAUCAGAAACUCAACCUAUUGGACUUGGGCAACAACAACAUUGCCACUAUGGAAAACAAUACUUUCAAAAACCUGCUGGAGCUGGUGUGGCUCUACAUGGACAAUAAUUAUUUAGACAUACUAUCUCGAGAGAAGUUCAAUGGUUUGCAAAACCUAGAGUACCUAAAUAUGGAAUUUAAUGUCAUCCAACUCAUCAUGCCAGGGACCUUUAAUGCCAUGCCUAAACUGAGAGUACUAAUUUUGAAUAAUAAUCUUCUGAGGUCUCUCCCAGUUGAUGUUUUUGCUGGAGUCUCUCUCUCUAAGCUCAGCAUCCACAACAAUUACUUCCUUUAUCUGCCAGUGGCAGGAGUGCUGGAUCAACUCACCUCCAUUACCCAAAUAGAUCUGCAUGAUAACCCAUGGGACUGCAAAUGUCCAAUUGUCCCUUUCAAACAGUGGGUCGAGAUGCUGAGGCCAAAGGUGAUGAUGAGUGACUUAAGGUGUGAGACUCCAGAAGAGUUCUUUAAAGAGGACUUCGAAUCUCUCUCCAAUGAGGCCAUUUGCCCUCAACUCAAAGUCAUGCCCACUUUGACUUCCACCCAUAAGAAUAGUACUGGCUUGGCAGAGACUGGGACUCACUCUAAUUCCUACUUGGAGACCAGUAGGGUCUCCAUCUCGGUGCUGGUGCCUGGCCUUUUGUUGGUGUUUGUCACCUCUGCCUUCACCGUGGUUGGCAUGCUUGUCUUCAUCCUGAGGAACCGGAAACGCUCCAAAAGGAGGGACGCCAACUCUUCUGCCUCGGAGAUCAACUCUUUACAGACAGUAUGUGACUCCUCCUACUGGCACAAUGGACCCUACAGUACAGAUGGAGCCCAUAGAGUGUAUGACUGUGGUUCUCACUCCCUAUCAGACUGAGACUGCAAAAUUUAAAGUUAAAAAAUUUACAUCGUGUAUGGGCAAUCAGUUCAACUUCAGCAGCUAGCAACCUCAACUUCCCUCCAGUGGUUCAAAGCUUUCUUUUCCUAAUCUGUGCAUCGCUGUCUCGUCUGCUGAUGUGAAUUGGACCAUAGGAAGGGAUGGGGCUUAGCCCACUUAAAGCUACCUUCUGGUGAAAAAUACCUACCCGCUCACCAAACCUGGGCCAACACUAUGAGUGGAGGCCUGCCUUUAUUAUUAUUAUUAUUAUUUUAUUUUUUUUAAUUAUUAUGAUUUGCCUAGCCUCGACCUGAGGUUGUGUAACUCUACACUGUAUAACCAGUGGGGAAGAAAUAAAAGAUCCAAUCAAAAGGCCAAGAUUGGCUUCCUAUUGCAGCAAGAGAAAGGGUGAAUACGCUCUCCUGCAGGUUGAUUCCUAACCCAUGUGAAUUUAUGGGCCCUAUAUGUGAUGGGGAAGCAGAAGCUCUUGCUUGGGCCUUCCCCACUGAGAAUAAGGCAGGAGAGUCCAGUUGCACGAAGGCAUGAAUGUAUUGUAAAUAAAUAACUCUGAUCUAGAACAAACCAACCCAAGUUGCUGCAUGGUUUGCAUGGAUACAAAAACCACCCAGGGACGCUUUGGCCCCAAAAGGAAGCAGCGUCCAGUUCACCUCGUCCUCCCUCUUCCCUGAUCAGUUCCAUCGUAUCAAACUUUCUAUAUACAGAUACAGUAUAAUAAGAAUAAAAAAGUGCCAUUUCGCCAUUAUUUUUGUGUGAUUGCUAGGCAGUAGAGAUCAUCCAUUUACUGUGAUAAAAAAAACAAGGAAAAAUGUAAAGGUUUUAUUUAAGACAUGUUUGCAUGGUUUACACUCUCCUGGGUUUAGGUUUUUUGCAUUUUGGGUGGGGGAAAUUUACUUUCAUGGGGAAUUUUUUUUUCUCUUUGGGGAGGGAGGAGGGGAUGAAUUUGCUUCUAGUUAUUUUCAAGCUUCUUUUGGAAACUGACCUCUCCAGAAUCCCUUUCCAUCUGAAUGUAAAGCAAGUAUCCUUGGGGUUUUCUCUGUUGAUCAAUCUGUUUAAAAUAUCUAUUCCUUGGGU